GUUAUGUUAGUUGGAGAUUCCGGAGUUGGAAAGACCUGCUUGCUGGUGCGCUUUAAGGAUGGAGCUUUUUUAGCAGGAAGCUUUAUUUCCACAGUGGGAAUUGAUUUCCGGAAUAAAGUGUUGAACGUUGACGGCGUGAAGGUCAAACUACAGAUUUGGGACACGGCAGGACAGGAAAGGUUCCGAAGUGUUACUCAUGCCUACUAUCGAGAUGCUCACGCUCUGCUUUUGCUGUAUGAUGUCACCAACAAAACAUCAUUUGACAACAUUCAGGCAUGGCUGACAGAGAUUCAUGAAUAUGCAACGCAAGACGUGGUGAUCAUGAUGCUGGGAAAUAAGGCUGAUGCAACUCAGGAGAGGGCAGUAAAGAAAGAGUCGGGAGAAAAGUUAGCAAAGGAAUACGGAGUGCCUUUCAUGGAAACAAGUGCCAAAACAGGCCUAAAUGUGGAGUUGGCAUUUAUAGCUAUUGCCAAAGAACUGAAACACAGGUCAAUGAAAUCACCAAGUGACCCUAAAUUCAAGCUUCAUGACUACGUGAAUUCAGAAAUGAAAGGUUCUGGUUGCUGCAAGUCCUAACUUACAUGACUCUUCUGCCAAUAACAUAUUUGUACAAGAAAAGACUGAUCAGUGUAAACAGCCAGGACAGUUUUUCUUGUGGUUUGCCAUCUCUUGUGUGAAGUCCUUGCAUGUCUGUACUUGUGUUUGUACAUUGACGGUGUUUAUCUUCUGAGGACACUUUCAGAGGAGAGUUUGUUCGGAGGAGAGGCUUAAAAACAAUAUACAAAGGUGUUAAUCAGGAUCUUAAUGACCAUAUUUAAUUGUUUACAUAAACAAAAUCUGCUUUUGCUGACGUAAAACAGUUUGUAGUCUGUAUGAAUAGGAAAACUGUUUUGCUAUGUAGAGAAGUUAAAUUAUUGUACAUUGAUGUCUGAUUAUUUUCAAUGAAUGUUGCGUAUAUUUUUCAUGGAAAUUCUUGACUGCUCUUUGUAAACAGUUUAGGUUUUGUUAAGAGAAUAAAGGAGAAUAUUCAUACAUAGGAAAUAAAUGAUGUUGGUCCCAGGGAAUUACAAUUUGACACCUUUGUGAAUCUUGCUGAUAAAACUGUAAAUUAUUUUUUAAAAAACGCUUAAUUGCAAAUGCAAAAUUGUCAGACAUCAUAUCAGAAUUGUAAGAAAUCAUUACAAUAUCUGUUUUUCAACUGAUCACAAGUAGUAACGGUGGCUAUGAUUGACUAGCCUAAUGUUGUGUCACAAAUGCUUUUGCAAAGAGUAAAGACCUGAAGUGUA